AUGCCUUCGCAAAGCGACUUCAGCCACUUGGAUGCAGCAGCAACCACUUUAACAAAUAUCUUGCGCAAUGAAAAGAUUUCUCACAUCUUCAUCGGCGGAUACGCUACAGGUCUCCUUGGAGGAGCCCGAGUGACAGAGGACAUCGACCUGGUCGUAGACCGGGAUUGCCGCAGCCUUCUUUUACAGUACCCAAACAUUACGGAGAGCGAAGACAAGCGACUGGUGUAUCGCUACCAUGGGACAAACGUCUAUAUAGACAUGGAGACUAUGGGGACUGCGCCAUGGGCCCCAAAUCCCAGGACUGCUAGGGUGCACACUGUCGCUCCUGUGGACUGCCCGCAGCGGCGAUUGCACACGAUGGUGCCCAUCCUACACCCAUCAAUCCUUCUAUUGACGAAGCUUCUACCGUGGAAAGAGGCCGACCAGGCGACACGAGUCGCCCGGUAUAUGAGAGCACGGACAGACUUAAUGGAUAUCUGGACCAUCCUACAAUGGCUUGUGGACAAAGGGUCCCGUAUUGAUUUCUCUGGGCUGCCCGGUAUUCCCAGGGGCAAGUUGAUGAGGCUCCUGGGAAGGCUGUACCGGUCCGAAAGGCGGGCACGGCCCUACCUCUCCCUGACCCUCUCAGCUGAUGAGAUGUGUGAUGCUCUCACUGCGGAUAAAACCAAGUAG